AUGAAAAGGCAAAACCAGAGCUCUGUAGUUGAAUUCGUCCUCUUGGGUUUUUCUAAUUUUCCUGAACUCCAGGAGCUGAUCUUUGGGGUUUUCUUGGUUAUUUAUCUGGUGACACUUAUGGGAAAUAUGAUCAUUAUUAGUGUCAUCUUCCUGGACCAGAGCCUUCAGGUUCCCAUGUACCUGUUCCUUCAGAACUUAUCCAUAGUGGAAGUGAGUUUCAGUGCAGUUAUUAUGCCUAAAAUGCUGGUGGUUCUUUCCUCGGAUAAAGCGACUAUUUCUUUUGCUGGCUGUUUUGCACAGAUGUAUUUCAUUCUUCUUUUUGGUGGGACUGAAUGCUUUCUUCUGGGGGCAAUGGCUUUUGACCGGUUUGUUGCAAUCUGCUAUCCUCUUAACUAUCCAAUGAUUAUGACCAAAAUGCUCUUUAUGAAGUUAGUAAUGUUCUCAUGGAUUUCAUGGAUCCUGGAGGCUACUGUACAAACCACAUGGGUAUUUAGUUUCCCCUUUUGUGGUUCCAAUGAAAUUAAUCAUCUUUCCUGUGAAACUCCCCCAGUGCUAGAGCUUGCAUGUGCAGACACCUCAUUCUUUGAAAUCUAUGAAUUCACAGGCACCAUUUUAAUUGUUAUGGUUCCUUUCCUGCUGAUACUCUUGUCCUACAUUCGAAUUAUCUUUGCCAUCCUGAAGAUGCCAUCCACCACUGGGAGACAAAAGGCCUUUUCCACCUGUGCCUCCCAUCUCACAUCUGUGAUCCUGUUCUAUGGCACAGCCAAUAUGACGUAUUUACAACCCAAAUCUGGCUACUCCCCAGAAACCAAGAAACUGAUGUCACUGUCUUAUACUUUGCUCACUCCUCUGCUGAAUCCACUGAUCUACAGUUUGAGAAACAAUGAGAUGAAAAAAGCCUUGAUGAAACAGUGGCGAAGAAAAGUGAUUUCACGUACAGUGUGA